GAAUAUAUUCUUCCCACAAGGCUACAACCACCGUUCAAAAUCCUUCAUCAACCUCACCGUUAGAUGGGUUGAGAAAAGACCAAAGAGAUUUCCAUCUCUUUUUGUAUGCAAAAAUGAGCUGCUGCUGCGAUCAAAACGACGACGAGUCAGCCCUCACGACCCCUCUCUCUUCCUCCUCGAGCCCCACCGUUACCGAUUCGACCGCCACCAUCUCCCCUAUGAACUCCCAUUUCUCAGCCCUGACGUGCCGCGACACUCUCCGACUCAUCUUCGAGAAGCUCUCGCUCACCGAUUUGGCACGUGCCAGCUGCGUUUGCAAGGCCUGGAAUGCCGUCGCUUCCGAUGACGAGAUGGUCGUGGAGGCAUUCAAGGCUCCUUGGAAGCUUCUGGAAGUGGUGGGGAAGCCGAGUUCUGGAAGUUUCUGGAGGGAUAAUGGGAUUGGGAAGUUCGCUAUCUGGCACCGGAUUUUGAGAGGGGAGAGUGUUGCCAGCCUUGCUGUUAAGUACUCUGUUCAGGUUAUGGACAUAAAGCGCCUGAAUAACAUGAUGAGUGACCAUGGUAUUUACUCACGAGAGAGGUUAUUGAUCCCUAUAAGCAAUCCCGACCUUCUUAUAAAUGGGACUUGCUACAUAGAGUUGGAUACCUACGCAAAGAGAGAAGUGGCAGUGCUGUAUCUCGAUGGCAAGCCUGACAGAAAGCCUGGAACAUUGUUGAAUAGGGUGACCUCUGAUCGGGGCAAGAGAAGGGUAAUUGACUCCUUAAAGAGAAGCAUGCAAGUUGAUGAUGGAACUGCUCAAUACUAUCUGUCUAUUUCAAAUGGUGAUCCCCGAGCUGCACUCUCUCAAUUCUCUUCAGACCUCAGUUGGGAGAGGCAGAUAGGCUUGGCCUAGUUGGAAAUGUAUUUCAAAUUGAUGGAUGGUAAGGCAUCAAGAAUCCACCAAAUUCCUUUUAUAUAGCAUAUGUUGUUCUGUUCACGGUUUUUCCAUGUAAAGUUGUUACAAUGAAGCAUAAUGUCAAGUGUUAAUAUCAUCCAACUUCUCAGUCUUCAAUUGUGUUGGGAACUAUGUUCUAAGGGAGUGUGUGUUUGAUAAGGAAUGUUCUUGGCUGUUGUAAUUCAUUUGAUACUAAAUGUAUUCAAGUGAAUGUAUACUUACAUAAUUCAAAGUGACGUAUGUCUACUUACAUAAUUCGAAUUCA